ACAGUUCUUACUCUUUGAUCGACGGUAUUUGCGUGGGUAUUUUGUUGUAUAGUUCCACUGAUAAUUCGUAAUUUGUUUGAAUUUUGCAGUAAGCAUUAGUUGCAUUAGUUUUAAAUAUUUUUGCAAGUCAUUUUCUCUCGUUGAAUCCAAUAGUUUUCGGAGUUUGUGAAAAGUAAACCUGAAGACUAAAAAUGGAUGAUGACGCUAGUUCCGAUGCACAGAAAUGUACUUCGGAGAGUCCAAUGGAUACCGACGAAGGCCCUUUGAUAAAUGAAAAUUCGAAUGGAUUGUCUCAUCUUUUAACGGAAGGCGAAUUUAACAGUGUCGACGCUGGUGUUGUGGACGAAUCGUCAACAUCAAAUCAAGCUUUUCUCAAUGCGGUCGAGCUUUCAGCAGGUAGUGUUGGUGAUUAUUUGGAAAAUAACGCCACUGGUUUCAGCAGAGACAAUUUCGACGUCGGUGAUAACGCUGUAGAAUUUUCUAAUGAGUCAAGUAACGCGCUAACCGAUGGGGACUCUCGAUUGAGUGAACCUGUUUUUAAAGCCGUUAUUUCAGAUGUGGAAGAUAGUCAAGAUGGGAAGGUCAAGGGGAAAUCAGACAAUGUACAUGACAAUGCUGCCGAAAUCACAAACAAUAUUAAAAUGCCAGCUCAACCUGAGAAUACAGAAGACUCAAAGUUAGAGGAAAUUGACUGCGCUGGUAAUAAUUCCAAACCCCGUAAAUUGGUCAGAGAAAUAAAUAAUGUUUCUGAAGAUACUGCUCUAGGCAAAGAUAAGGUAAGUGAAACAAUAAAUAAGGGUUUUCCAGAAAAACAAAAUUCUGAUUUAAACAAUGAUUUAACUGACAGACUGAUGGAUGAUAAAGUUCUGAAUGAUGCCAAAGCAAAGACUGAAUUCAAUGUAGAGGGAAAAAUUGGUGGGGCUGAAGAGACAGAAGUAGUAUCUGAGGAUGAGCUGCCCGCUGUCCAGAAGCCAAGUGUAAAGGAUGCUGAAAAUGUGUCUGAUGAUGAACUACCAGGACCUAAGCCUGCUGACCUACCAGCAGAUACUGAGGUUGUAUCUGAAGAUGAAUUGCCAUCAUCUAAAAAAGAGUCAAAAGAAUCUCGGAAGAGAAAACCUGAUGAAGAGAGAGAUGGUUAUGAUCCAGGAUCACCCACAUCUGAAGGUGAAUCAUCUAAUAAGAAGCAGGCUGUUGCUAAGAAUGGUGAAAGUAAACCGAUACCUGCGGAGAAAAGAUCAUCCAUUGAUGAAAAACCUAAGAAGAAACCUCUUCCCGAGCUUGACAAGUACUGGAAAGUUGUUAAUGAUGACCCCACUGACUUCACUGGAUGGACAUAUUUGUUACAAUAUGUAGACCAAGAGAGCGAUGUGGAGGCUGCUCGAGAGGCGUACGACGCUUUCCUUUCUCACUACCCCUACUGCUACGGCUACUGGAGGAAGUACGCCGACUACGAGAAACGUAAAGGAAGUAAAAAGAAGUGUCUCGAGGUUUUGGAAAGAGGUCUGAAAGCGAUACCAUUAUCUGUGGACCUUUGGAUACAUUACCUGAAUCAUAUAAAAGCAACUAGAAGUGAAGAUCUACCGUAUGUCAGAUCUCAGUAUGAAAGAGCUAUAGAGGCUUGUGGGUUAGAGUUUCGUUCGGAUCGUCUGUGGGAGUCUUAUAUAAAGUGGGAGGCGGAGAACGGCACCGCCCUCAACGUGACCGGCAUCUAUGACAGACUGCUCGCCACACCCACGCUCGGAUAUACCUCGCACUUUGAUAAUUUCCAAGAGCACGUGAUGUCGGAGCCUGUGGGUGGUGUUGUGCCGCGCGGUGAGCUGGUGCGUCUGCGCAGUGAGGUGCGCGAGACGGCAGGUGCGCAGCCGCAGCUAGAUCUGCCUCCUGGAGAAGACGAACCGCAGGAUCACAUUGCGUCAGAGGAGGAAGCUCAGGCGAUCAAGGAGCGCAUUAUCGCCGCUAGAAGGAAAGUGCACAAGACUACUGGCGAGGAGGUCGCAGCGCGGUGGGCGUUCGAAGAGGGGAUAAAGCGACCUUACUUCCACGUGAAGCCGCUAGAACGUUGUCAGCUGAAGAACUGGAAGGCGUACCUGGAAUGGGAAAAGCAGCACGGCACCUUUAAAAGGGCUCUCGUGCUGCACGAGAGAUGUCUCAUUGCUUGUGCACUGUACGAAGAGUUCUGGAUGAGGUUGGUGAAGUUUCUGGAGGAGCGCGCGGAAUCGGAGGCCGAGGUUGCGGCUCUGCAGCGUGAGGUGCUGGAGCGCGCGUGCACAGUGCACCACCCUGACAAACCGGAGCUGCAUCUGUACUGGGCGCACUUCGAGGAGGCGCAAGACCAGCCCGCGCGCGCCGCGGAAAUACUCGACCGCAUCGAGAAGACCUGCCCCACCUUAGUGCAGAUACAGUACAGGCGAGUGAAUCUAGAACGUAGACGCGGCGACUACGAGAAGUGUUGCCAGCUGUACGAGUCGUACAUCGCGGCGGCGAAGAGCAAGGCAAUCGCAUCCGCGCUUAGCGUUAAGUAUGUGCGUUUCCUGUUCCACGUGCGCCGCGACGCUUCCGCCGCAAAAAGCGCCAUCGACGACGCCAUUGCCCGCGACCCACUCAACGUGCGUCUGCACAUGCAGCGUCUGGAUAUAGCGCUGCACACGCCCGGCACGCCAUACGAGAUGUUGGAAGAGUUGGCGAUGUCCUACGAGCGCGAGGAGGGCGCGGAGCCGGAGAGCGCAGCGCUGAUGGCGUGCCGGCGCCGUGAGCUGGCUGAGGAGCUGGGCUCAGCGGCGGCCGCACGCGCCGCGCAUCGGCACUGGCGCAUGCUCAGCAAACACCUGCGCAAGCGCGCGCGCAAGGACAAGCACGAACACCCGCCCCUGCCCACGUACGAACACACGACCCCAGCUUCAAUUGACCCGACAAAGAAAAAAGACGGCAGUACGAUGGCAGUCGGCAGCGCCACCACGAAUAGCGCCAACAGCGGGUAUUACCAGACGCCAACCGCCACCGCGCAGUCCUACGACCAGUCUUACGCGCAGCCCUACCAGCCGCCCUGGGGCUACCAGCAGCCUCCAGGGCCCUACCAGCACCACCCUCACCCCUGGCCGCAGUACCCCAACUACUACUGAGAUACAGCCCCCACCCACACUUAACCCAUCUGGAACGUUCGCAAUAGUGAUACAGUAGAAAUUUAAUUAUAAGUAAAAGAUUAUCUUACAUUUUUCAUUUCAU